AUGGCUUCACAGCGCUUCACCUUCAAACUGAGGCCCUCACACGCCGUCCUCUCUCAGUGCAUGCCCGCCAUGCCGGAGAUCCAGGUGUGCGAGUGUCAGGUGUGUGACAACGCCGUCACCGUGGUGUGGGCCCUGCCGGAACCCGACAACAAAAUCGAGCACUACGACCUGGAGUAUCGCCGCACCAACCACGAGGGCCCUCCCCGCAUGCGCGAGGACCACCCCUGGAUGGUGGUGGAGGGGAUUCAGCAGACCGAGUACACGCUAACAGGACUCCGCUUCGACACGCGCUACAUCACCUUCCGCGUGAAGGCGUGCAACAAGGCCGUGGCGGGAGAGUUCUCCGAGCCGGUGAACCUGGAGACGCACGCCUUCCUGUUCAAGCUGGACUCGGGUUCGGCCCACCAGAACCUGCGCGUGGAGGAGAACAGUGUGGAGUGGGACGGGGGCGGGGGGAAGGUGCAGGACAUCCGAAAGGAGAAGACCAGAACCAGCUCACCCCUGCACUCACCAGCCAGGAGUGCGAUGAUGUCCCCUAAGAGGAUGCCCUCGUCCCGGGCGGGGAGGGACCGCUUCACGGCCGAGUCCUACACCGUCCUGGGCGACACGAUGAUUGACGCGGGCCAGCACUACUGGGAGGUGUGGUUCGAUAAGGACAGCAAGGCGUUCGGGGCGGGCGUGGCCCUGCGCUCCCUGGGCCGAUUCGACCAGCUGGGCAAGAGCUCCGCCUCCUGGUGCCUGCACCUCAACAACUGGCUGCAGCAGAGCCUGACCGCCAAGCACAACAACAAGGCCCGCCCCCUGGACUGCGCCAUCCCUGACCGCGUGGGGGUGUACUGCAGCUACGAGGAGGGAGUUCUGUCCUUCUACAACGCCAGAACCAAGCAGCCCAUCCACACCUUCAGAACCAAGUUCACACAGCCAGUGGUGCCGGCUUUCAUGGUGUGGAACGGUAGUUUCUCGGUGCAGACGGGCCUGCAGGUUCCCAGCAUGGUGCAGAACGGGCAGAGGAGGAACAGCGGAACCAGCAGCUCCAAUGCCAGCCUCACCUAGAACCCGGGUCUAAAUGUCAGAACCGCCGCAGAACCUCGCCUAGAACCCGGGUCUAAAUGUCAGAACCACCACAGAACCUCACUCUUACAGGCUCUUUUUACUUCAGUCCGUGUUCCAGAUUUCGGGAGACGUCUGGAUUUUACUCAGCGCAAUUAUCCAGCAAACUCAGUAAUCCUGCUUUGGGGGGUUUUGCUCAGCACAAUUAUCCAGCAAACUCAGUAAUCCUGCUUCAUAAAUCAAGGCCCAGGACUCCAUAAACCAGCCCCACCCCACCAGCUAGUCUGCCUCCUCCUCUCACUUUGCUGGUUCUUGUGCCUUUAGGUCGCAGGGGUGGCCGACCGUGUCCUAAAAUGGCCGCCGUGCGUGUGGGUUUGUGUUUUAGGCCCAGCACACGAUGUCACCGGGCUGUACUCAUCAAGGUCUUGAUUGAAGACCACCCACCGUUAGUCAACCAGCAGGUAUCGGUUGCCGUAGCGCCGGGCUAAAGCAGAAACAAAAAACCCUGCACCCACACCGGCCCUUUUUUGGAAAACGGUCGACCCGCCCCCGUUUUAGGUGGUGCUCCACCCCACCCUAAAAAAAAAAAAAAAAACCUCUUUUUGUUUAAUUUCACUUUUUAGCUGCUUUAAUCAUCAUCAGCAUAAUAAACCGGCCGGGGCGAAGCAGCAUGUUUAUUUACGAGCGCACACGCGUGUAACCGUGAGCUCUGUCGAGUUUUCACCGUUUCCGUGGUUUCAUAUCGAACAGGACCUUGCCAUUCUCUCUCUCUCUCUCUCUCUCUCUCUCUCUCUCUCUCUCUCUCUCUCUCUCUCUCAUCACAGAUCUGAAUGCUUUCAGACCGCACAAGUUAUCAGCAGAAAAACAAAUUCCCUGAUAUGGGGUAGCAGCAGAUUAGACUCUCUGGAUAGGUAGUAGGUGUGUCUGAAUGUAUUACUGCUUAUCACUGCACUGACGACAGUGGACUGGUGAUGUCACACUCCUGCCCUGGGGAAGGGGCGGGUGUGUGUGUGGGGGGGGGUCACGGUGCCUGAUUAAUGAUUGGCUGAUUCCUUUAAGUCACUGAUCUGAUUGGCUACAAAGGCCGAUCGAAAGGAAACCACAAAAAAAAUAAGCCUCCAAUCCCUCAGAUACAGCAUUUAGCAUGUAGUGUAGUGGUUAAGGUGCAUGAUUGGGACACGCAAGGUCGGUGGUUCUAAUCCCGGUGUAGCCACAAUAAGAUCCGCACAGCCGUUGGGCCCUUGAGCAAGGCCCUUAACCCUGCGUUGCUCCAGGGAGCAUUGUCGCCUGCUUAGUUUAAUCAACUGUACGUCGCUCUGGAUAAGAGCGUCUGCCAAAUGCCAAUAAUGUAACACCCUGGUAUCAACUCAGAUGGGACAGGUCUUGGAGAACGUCCGGUGAUCACCACCCCCAAUUGGGAGAUCAACUUUCUGAUUGGAGAAUGCAGUUUAUCACACAAGACAUCACAGACUGUUAUCUCUGCUAUAAAUCAGUAGUCCAGUGCCCGUGUGCCAAUUAUGAGUUGUACAGCAAUGAUGAUCUAAUGCUUCAGGGCAGGGGUUCGCUGGUCAUUGUUGUAACAGUGUUAUCCAGAAUGCUUCCAGAAUGCUUCCAGAUAUGAACUUGAAAACUGAUGUUAUUUUGUGGAAAAAUGAUCGCCUUGUGAAUGCUUUACUUUCUCACUGUCUCUGUCCUCCCAGACCAAUAAAGAGACCGUGUGACAGCAGAA